AUGAGUCGCUGCGUGGCUCGCAGAGCUACGAAGAAAGUCUCCUCAGCUCGUUUCUACAGCAUUGUGCAUGAUGUCCCACGAGUCGCUGCCAGUCUCAGCCAGAGCCAUCCUCCACCACAACCUCAAAGCCAGUCGGUAUUCGAGCAAGCUGUCAAUGCCACUGGUCCGCGCAACAACUGGACCAAAGAGGAGAUUUCUCAGAUUCACCAGACCCCUCUGAUGGAACUGGCCUUCGCCGCAGGCACUGUACACCGUCGAUUUCACAAGCCCUCGGCUGUCCAACUAUGUACCCUCAUGAACAUCAAGACUGGUGGGUGCACAGAAGACUGCUCGUACUGCGCCCAGUCGUCCCGCUACAAGACAAACCUUCAAGCCACCAGACUCUCCGCGGUUGACUCCGUCAUUGAGGCAGCAAAGGUCGCCAAAGCGAAUGGCUCCAACAGAUUCUGUAUGGGCGCUGCUUGGCGCGACAUGCGUGGUCGGACCCGGGGAAUGAAAAAUAUUGUGGAAAUGGUCAAAGGUGUUCGGGCCCUGGGUAUGGAAGCCUGCGUCACCCUCGGUAUGCUUGACAAGCAACAAGCUCGGGAGUUGAAGGAGGCCGGCUUAACAGCAUACAAUCAUAACCUGGAUACCUCGCGAGAGCAUUAUCCCAACGUCAUCACCACACGUUCUUACGACGAACGAUUGCAAACACUGGAAAAUGUACGCGAAGCCGGCAUCCACGUCUGCAGUGGGGGUAUUCUCGGUCUAGGAGAGACGCCCGCAACUGACCAUGUUGGCUUGAUCCACACCCUCGCCACUCUCCCAGCACACCCUGAAUCUUUCCCCGUGAACAAGCUGGUGCCCAUCAAAGGCACGCCAAUGUUCGGCCAAGAACCGGUUAAAUUGGAAGACAUGGUCCGUUGUAUUGCCACCGCUCGCCUGGUCAUGCCGCGAACCAUCAUUCGUAUUGCAGCCGGAAGGGUCACUAUGCCUGAGAGUGAGCAAAUGCUGUGUUUCAUGGCGGGCGCGAACGCGAUUUUCACGGGCGAAAAGAUGUUGACGACGGAUUGCAACGGGUGGGAGCAGGAUAAGGAUAUGUUUGAGCGCUGGGGGCUGUCACCAAUGCAGACCGAGGCGAGUAAACUGGUCGAGGUUGCAGAGGAGCCCAAGUUUGAGGCAAGCAGUUUCGCCCACUUGAAGAGCGAUGGCGUGGUGGCACAAAAGGGAGCGGAGGUAUGA